AUGGGUCUCUCCAUCAACAACAUCUUCGCAGUCAACGAGGAUCGGCCGACUCCCAAGGCUGUUUACAAUUGGCGCGUUUACACUUGCGCUGCAAUUGCCUCUUUUGCAUCAUGCAUGAUCGGCUAUGACUCCGCCUUCAUUGGCACCACCAUUGCUCUGCCGUCCUUCCAGGCGGAAUUCGACUUUGAAUCCUACACGCCCGAGGCCCUCGCUCUCCUCAAGGCCAACAUCGUGUCCGUCUACCAGGCGGGCGCAUUCUUCGGCAGUCUCUUCGCUUACGUCACCUCAUACUACAUCGGUCGACGUUAUACUCUGAUUGCCUUCAGCUUCGUCUUUAUGCUUGGUGCCGGUCUGAUGCUUGGCGCCAAUGCGGACCGAGGCUUGGGACUUAUUAUCGGUGGCCGUGUUCUUGCUGGAGUUGGUGUCGGCGCUUGUUCGAAUAUGGUCCCGAUCUACUGCUCUGAGCUGUCUCCUCCUGCUAUCCGUGGUCGCCUCGUUGGUAUCUACGAGCUGGGCUGGCAAAUUGGCGGCCUUGUGGGCUUCUGGAUCAACUAUGGAUUGGCUGAGACCAUGGCUCCUAGCCACAAGCAGUGGAUCAUCCCUUUUGCCGUCCAACUCAUUCCCGCCGGCCUGCUGCUCUUCGGCGCCUUUUGGAUCAAGGAGUCGCCUCGUUGGCUAUUCUCCAAGGGUCGACGUGAGGAAGCCAUGAAGAACCUGUGCUGGUUGAGACAGCUGUCUCCCGAUGACCUUUAUAUGGUCGAAGAAGUUAGCUAUAUGGACCAGGAGCUCGACCGCUACAACAGAGAAGUCGGACCUGGUUUCUGGAAGCCAUUCAGUGCGCUCAAGAGCCGUCAUAUCCAAUGGCGCUUCUUUCUUGGUGGCAUGAUGUUCCUCUGGCAGAAUGGUUCCGGUAUCAACGCCAUCAACUAUUACAGCCCCACUGUGUUCAAGAGCAUCGGAAUCCAGGGCACCAAUACUUCGUUCCUGACUACCGGUAUCUUCGGUGUGGUUAAGACUUCUAUCACUAUCAUCUUUAUUCUUUUCCUGAUCGAGACUGUUGGACGCAGAAAGCUGUUGAUCAUUGGUUCAGUUGGCGGUUCUCUCUGCAUGUGGUUUAUCGGAGCCUACAUCAAGGUCGCUAACCCGGCUGCCAAGAUUGCUGCUGCUGAGGCCGCUGGAGAUGCGGCCCCAUCCAUGUCGAGUGGUGGCAUCGCUGCAGUCUUCUUCUUCUAUCUUUGGACUGUCUUUUACUCGCCCACAUGGAACCCAAUUCCCUGGGUGCUUAACUCUGAGAUGUUCGACGAGAAGUCCAGAUCUCUCGGUCAGGCUUCCGCCGCUGCGAACAACUGGUUCUGGAACUUCAUUGUUUCCCGAUUCACCCCUCAGAUGUUUAUCAAGAUGGGCUAUGGUGUCUAUUUCUUUUUCGCCUCAUUGAUGAUCAUGUCGGCCACCUUUGUUUUCUUCUUUAUCCCCGAGACCAAGGGUCUGCCUCUUGACACCAUGAACCGUCUCUUCGAGAUCAAGCCCGUGUGGAAGGCUCACGGACAGCUUUCCGAGGAAUUGAGACUGCAGGAGGAUGAGUUCCGGCGCAAUGCCGAGGGCAGCAACCUCAGUGCUGAAAAAGCUGAGGCUCUAGCUGAUGAGCGGGAGGAGGUUUAA